AUGAACUUAGAAGUUCAAGGACUUGAACAUACCGUAUUGAGAGUUAACGAAAAGGAUCGAACAGAUGGAACUCAAGCUAUCAAAAUAAAGGUAGCUACAAAUCAAGAAAAUGCCAAAGCCUUAGUCCUCUUGAGGCAUCAUAUACAUGAUAGCCUUAAAUCUGAAAAUUUAUUCAUAAAAGAUCCCAAAACUUUGUGGGGCUCCCUUGUUGAAAGAUUUGAUCACCACAUAGGGGUGCUUCUAUCACAAGCUAGCCAAUGGUGGAAGAAUUUAAGAUUUUAUGAUUUUAAAACUCUCAGUGAGUACAAUUCAACAUUAUACCGAAUUGCAUCAAUAUUGAAAUACUGUGAGUAUCCGGUGACUGAUGCGGAAAUGAUUGAACUCACAUUAUCUACUUUUCAUCCAUCAAAUAUUAUUCUGCAACAACAAUAUAGGGAUAGAAAUUUCAAAAGAUAUUCAUAUUUGAGUGUAGCUAUCCGCGAGACACACUCUACUGUAACACAUGUGCCUGAAGCACAUGUUGUUGAAAAUAAAGGCAGUGGAAAUUAUAAUAACAGUGGUAAAGGACGCGAAAAUUUCCGAGGAACAGGGAGAGGACAAGGACUAGGUCGUGUAAAUUUUAAUGGGCAUAGUAGAAAGUUCCAAGGAUCCGGUACAGGCCACUUUUCCAAUAUUCCAACGAAAGUUCCAACGUAA